UAUUUCUCAUCUCUAAAAGUAAUAGCAAAAAAGUUAAGCUCUCGUUUACACAACAAUUUAAAUUGAUCAAUUAGGAGUUAAUUGCGAUAUUUUAAUUAGUUUAUUGAAAUUGUAAUUAACCCAAAACAGAGAUGGAAAACAGUAGCGGUAAGAGACGACGCAAUAGAUGGGAAGAAGGCGGUGAAAAGGCAUUACUGCAAAUAUGGGAGGAGAAGGUGGACAAACUUCGCGCCUUCAAGAAGAACCACCAUGUCUUAAUAGAGAUGGUUGCAGAGAUGGAAUUAAUGGACUACUAUUACAAUAUGAGGGAUAUAAAGACGAAAAUGCAAAAUAUGGUCGCCCGCUACCGAAAGGAAAGAAAACUAGUAAAAUCUGGAAUGCCUUCAGUUUGGGACUACUAUGAAGAGAUGCACGCUAUAAUGACUCGCUAUGAAAGUAACAACAGUGAAAUACUGGCAAAUUGCAGAUCAUUUAGUGCUGGUAAUGAAUAUUAACAUAAAUUAACCGAACACGUAUAUACAUCGCACUUGUUUUUAGUUAGUAUAGAUUUAGUGGUACAUGUGGCUGAGUGGUUAGAGGUGCGUACACCCUUUCCGUAGGUGCUGGGUUCAAUCCUUGGUCCGGCUAUAUGUUAAUUUUAAAAAAGUUUUUUCUAACAGCCGCCGCCCCUCGGCAGGCGCGUUGGCAGACCUACGAGUGUAUUUCUGUAAUGGUCACAGGUAGCAUCCGCGCAGAGAGCACAGCCCUUAAAAAAAUUGAGUAACGUUAAAGGCUACAAUUGAUUUUUUGUAGUCAUGCAAACGCCCUAUCACAGGCUACCGAGAUAGGUCGAUCUUAAUGUAAGAAGAGCGGUAAUUUUUGCAUACUUAAUCCAAUAUUUUAAUUUUUUUUUGGAUUAUGACUAUUGAAGUAAACCCAGCAAACAUUUGGAGUCGUAAAUGGACUCCUAU